AUGUCACUCUCCCAAACUCAACCUCAACCUCAAGAUGUCUUCCCUUGGGAGCUGGGCAUAUACGAUGCCCAUUGUCACCCAACAGACACAAUGGCAUCAGUCGCGCAGAUCCCCUCCAUGAAAGCGACCACGCUUACCGUCAUGGCAACAAGGGCCCAAGACCAAGAGCUCGUGGCAGAGACCGCUCAAUCUCUCAAUAUCACCGAUGAAUCCACGCGAUCGCCGCGUAUUCUACCUAGCUUCGGCUGGCAUCCAUGGUUCUCACACCAAAUCAUCGACGACACAACAACCCCCACAGCCACAACUUCAACCCCGCAAUCCAAAGAAAAUCAUUAUAUUAACGUCCUCACGCCAUCUCCAGCCUCCGACCUGGACUUUAUCAACCAGCUGCCAUCACCUAAACUGCUUUCCGCCCUUCUCAAUGAAACUCGCGCGCGACUCCGCCAGUUUCCGAACUCUUUAGUCGGUGAAGUGGGGCUGGACAAAGUAUUUCGACUACCGGGCGUGUGGACAGCAGAGGAAAUUUCCUCCCGAGAUGAAGAUCUCACGCCCGGCUCGAGGGAGGGUAGGAAGCUUUCUCCUUACAAGGUGAAGAUGGACCACCAACGAACAGUAUUGAAGGCCCAGCUCCAACUCGCCGGCGAAAUGCGGCGACCCGUCUCCGUACAUAGUGUGCAGGCACACGGGGUCGUGUUUGACUUAUUCAAGGAAUUGUGGAUAGGCCAUGAAAAGGUCUUUCUUUCGCGGCGACAAAAGGAGAAACUGAAGGAUGCCGAGGGGGCAUUGUCAGAUGAUGACAACGACGACGAAGAUGAACAACGUGGACCGAGCAAGACCAGCGAGAUGGAACAAUCACUGCCAUUUCCGCCGCGUAUCUGCAUGCACUCCUACAGCGGGCCUGUGGAGCCUAUACGACAGUUCUUACAUUCGUCGAAUCCGUCCGAUGUCUAUUUUUCCUUUUCAGCAGUAAUUAAUUUUAGCGGAGCGCCGGCGAAGAAGAUCAGUGAUGUUAUCAAGGCUUUGCCAGAUGAUCGCAUUUUGAUCGAAAGCGACCUACAUAUUGCAGGUACGCAGAUGGAUGAUCUGUUAGAGGAUGUUUCACGGCAAAUAUGUCAGCUACGAGGGUGGGAUUUAAGAGACGGUGUGAAGCAAUUGGCGGAUAAUUGGAACCGCUUUGUAUAUGGAUAG